CGGGCCCCGCCCCGGAGCUCCCGCCACCGCCCGCAGCCGCCGCGGCCCCCACGCCCGCCCGUGUCCGUGGAGGAUGGUGGCGGCCCGGGGCGCUGCCGCCCGCCGCGGAGCGCUGCUGCUGCUGCUCGCUGCGCUCGGGGCCUGCCGCCUGCGCGUCGCCCGUGCCGCAGCAUCGUGUCCCCGGAGCCUGGACUGUGCUCUGCAGCGCCGGCAGUUCUGCCCACCAGGAUCAGGUGCCUGUGGCCCCUGCCUGCCCACCUUCCAGGAGGACGACCGUGGGCGAUGCAUCCAGAAGCAGUUCUCCCCCAGCGGGCGGACAUCCGUUCCCAGCUUGGAGAAAGAAAUCGAUUUUCUAGCGGAUGUGCUGGCCAGACAAGAGGCUCCUCACCCCCACCCACUGCGAGAUGGCAAGCCCAGGACCACACCAGUCCCCGCCAGCGGCAGACAGCGCAUGGCCAGUGGGCUGAGAGAGGGGCUCCUGCAGCGGGGUCCCGCCAGCAACGAGGUAGCUGCCACCCUCCCCACCUCCACCACAACUGCGGUCCAGAAGUACCCGGUGGAGGCAUCCCCCAUCCCUUCAAAUGACGGCACAGUGCUUGGGCUGAUCGUGGUGUGCACAGUGGCUGGGAUCUCUGUGCUGAUCGUGGCUGCAGUCUGCUGGUGCAGGCUGCAGAAGGAGGUCAGGCUGGCACAGAAAGCAGACUACUCAGCACAGCGAGCAGCCAGCCCCUUGCCCUAUGACAAGAUCUCGGUAAUGUGCCCACAUCCCUCCUUGUGGAGUGUUUGGUGCUUGGGCCAGGCGUGUGCUCUGCUUGGGGGGCAUCCAACAGCAGGGGAUACCCGUCAGCUGGGCUGGGGACCCUCUGGAGCCCAGCCUCCACGCCUGUCCUUGCUCUCUCCACAGCCCGGGGACAAGACUCUGGCUCAGAGCGCCCAGAUGUACCACUACCAGCACCAAAAGCAGCAGAUGCUCUCCAUGGAGAAGCAUAAAGAAGAGCCCAAGCUGCCGGACUCAGCAUCAUCCGAUGAGGAGAAUGAGGAUGGAGACUUCACCGUGUACGAGUGCCCCGGGCUGGCUCCGACCGGAGAAAUGGAAGUGAGGAACCCGCUGUUUGAUGACUCCUCCUUACACCCCUCCAACCCCAAGUCGCACCAGUAACACCCCUCCUUUCCUCUGCCCGAGCUCGCUAUGGACUGUAUGCCCAACGCCCAAGCCUGGCGGGGCAGCCACGCUGGAGGUGCACCCACAGCUGGGCGAAGGAGCACGGACCCUGCUCUGCCAGACUGUUCGACGCCUGCCCAAUAAACACCCACUAACAGCUAUGGGAGGGGGGGAUCACCCCCGUUUCCAGCGUCCUUGUCCUCUUUGCUGCUGUAAUUGCGUCCCUGCCUUGCCCUUCGCCCUCUGCUCUUGGGGACAUGCCAGCUCCGUGGGGGAGGCCACCGCUACCUUGGCACGGAAACAGGCGGUUGCAGUGGGUUUUGAGGAGGGAGCUGCUGCCCCAGCUGUGGUUGGGCUGAUGCAACAGCAGCUGGGAAAGGGCUGGAGAGGGGCUUGGAGAGCCAGAGAGAGAGAGGGGCCGGGGCUGGGGGGAGUCCGGGCACGCUCAUGUCUGCAGGGGAAGGCAUCGGGGCUGCCAGCGUGCCCAGAGCCCCUCUGCCAGGGAUGAAGACUCCCAUGAGUGGGUGGCAUCGCUAAAGGUUCCGGGGCCUGGUCUCCCUCCUCCUCCUCAACCCGGGGCAGGAUCCUGCUCUGGGAGCCAAGGGCAGGAGCAAGAGCAGGCUUGGGCAGGCGCUGGCAGCACUCUCAAGGAUGCACCUUCAGGUGUGACGUGCCCUGGCCCCCUGCACUGGCUCCAUCCCCUUCUAGGGGUGCUGGUCCUCAGAGGCCCAGGUACAUAGACAGUCCCGGCGGUGCCGUGGCCUGGGACCCUGUGCCAGGCUGUGCUGGCAGAGGCAGAGCAUUUCCUUGUGGCAGCCCUGGGUGCCAGCAGGCCUCUGGCCCCAGGCCUCCAUGGGGUCAAAGCUCAGAAAAAGGGUUCAGGGGUUUUGUUUUUAAGCCUGUGUGGCUGUGGGGGAGGAUGCUUGGGCAUCCUGGCUGGUGCUUAGGGUGCUGGGAGGGGUAACCAAGGCAUGGUGACUUUGCUGUGCUGCUUCUCUGCCCCGUGGAGCCCAUGCCCUUUGCAGCAUCCCUGCAGAGCCCGGCCCGGCACGCUCCCUGGGCAUCCCUCCAUGGCAGGGGACAGUCUCUGCUGCUCCAUCCCAGGUACCUCCUGGGCUCCAGAGACCCCCUGCACCCCUCUGCCCAUCUCUGCAUCCAGGCUCACCAGCCCCACCAACACAUUCUUGCUCAGAGCCCAGCACCAUUCACCAAAACCUCCCUUGUGCAUUGGCCAUGACCCCUCCAGCAUAAGGCCUGGGUUGGGUUUUGGGUUGUUUUUCACAGAUGUGGCUUCAUGUCCAGACCCUGGCAUGGACUGUCACAACCAGGGGUGAUGUGCUGCAUGCUGGUGGUGUCUUGUGCAGGGAUGGCCUCUCGCACACAUGGGAGCUGCUGUGCAUACAACCACUGCACGCUCAGGAGCUGUGGCACACGCAGGCAGGCAUGGGCAGGGCAGGCAGCAGUGGCAGAGCCCCAUGCUGGUGAGUGGUGGUGGUGGUGUGAGACUGUCCCCAGUGGGGUUGCUGGCAGAGGCCAUCGCUACACAGACCCUUUCCCUGUGCCCUGCUCCCCUACCUGUGGGCUGCCGCCCUUCUCCCUGUGCCCCUUGUUGUUGUAUGGAUUGUAGUUCUUUUAAAAGGAGAUUUUAUUAAAUGACCAUGUUUGAGACCCA